ACUUCCGCUUCAAAAGAUCGACGCUGAGUCGAGUGGGAGGUCUCGAGUUGGACAUCUCUAAUUUAGGGUUACCUCAGCGAUAAUAUCAAAUUCCGUAACUAUUUAAUUGCGCAAUGGACGGUUAUAACCAUCUGAAUGCUUCAGAGAUGGCACAGACGACCGAACUCCAACGAAUGAUCGCAGCAGAGCAACAAAAAGCCCAGUUCCAGGCCCAGGUACACAAUUUCACGGACAUCUGCUGGGACAAAUGUGUGGACAGUCCAGGUUCCAAGAUGGACUACAGGACAGAAACGUGCCUGGCGAGCUGUGUGGAGCGAUUCAUUGACACCACUUUGACCAUAAGCAACCGCUUCACACAGAUGGUACAGAAGAGUGGCCAAUAACAGUGGACUAAAGAUAUUAACUGGACUGUGUGAUAAAAUGUUAUGCAUUUUUCCAGCAACAUGUUUAAAUAGAGAAUUUAUGUAAUGUAAAAUGAGUAAAUGGAAACGAAUGCUCAUGUUUA